AUGAUGUAUGCUGGUAGAUUUAUCCUUGGGGUUGGUGUUGGUAUCGAAGGUGGAUGUGUUGGUAUUUAUAUAUCUGAAUCUGUGCCUCCGCAGGUCCGUGGUAAUAUUGUAUCGAUGUAUCAAUUUAAUAUUGCAUUGGGUGAGGUUUUAGGUUACGCUGUUGCCGCUAUUUUCUAUAAUGUUACUGGUGGCUGGAGAUAUAUGGUCGGUUCAUCUUUAGUGUUUUCUACUGCAUUGUUGGUAGGAAUGUUUUUCUUGCCAGAAUCACCUCGUUACUUGGUACAUAAAAAUAGAAUAGGUGAAGCAUUUGAUGUAUGGAAGAGACUUAGAGAUAUAAAUGUCAUGAGAAAUAAGAUUGAAUUUUUGGAAAUGAAGCAAGCUGCUGAUCAGGAGCACGAACGUAUGGAAAACAAGCUUGGUCUUAUGCAUGAUUUGAUCAAAAUUCCAAGAAAUCGUCGUGCUUUAGUCUAUGCUGUCAUCAUGGUUGGUUUGGGUCAAUUGACAGGAGUUAACGCUGUCAUGUAUUAUAUGUCUACUUUGAUGGCUAAAAUAGGUUUCACAACUAAGAAUUCGGUUUUCAUGUCAUUAGUUGGUGGUGGUUCAUUACUUAUUGGUACUAUACCAGCUAUCUUAUGGAUGGAUAAAUUUGGCCGUCGUGUUUGGGGUUUAAACAUCAUUGGUUUCUUCGUUGGUUUAAUCUUGGUAGGUAUUGGUUAUCAAAUUAACACAGCAACGAACCUUCCUGCUGCUGAAGGAGUCUACUUAUCUGGUAUUAUCCUCUACAUGGGUUUUUUUGGAUCUUAUGCUUGUUUAACAUGGGUUUUACCUGCUGAGUCUUUCGACUUAAGAACUAGAUCAAUUGGUAUGACCAUCUGUUCCACCUUCUUGUAUUUAUGGUCAUUUAUUGUCACCUAUAACUUUGACAGAAUGCAGAAGGCAAUGACAUACACAGGUUUGACUUUGGGUUUCUACGGUGGUAUUGCAUUCCUUGGUUUCUUUUACCAGAUAUUGUUUAUGCCUGAAACUAAAGACAAGACUUUAGAAGAAAUUGACGAUAUCUUUUCAAAGCCUACGAGAAGGCUUGUACAAGAUAAUAUUAAUAGCAUGAAGAGAUUUUGGAAUGUGAAAUAG